AUGGUCGGGGUACCGGGGAAAUACAAGGGGUGCGAGACCUGCAGACGAAGAAGGGUUAAGUGCGAUAACACGAGGCCCCUUUGCAAGAAAUGCGUCGACAACGGGCGAGAAUGCGAGGGAUACGAACGCCAGAUGGUCUUCAUCACGGCUACCCUCGAAGAUGGAGGACGCUGUUCUUCCCAUCCCCCCCGCCAGAUCGGCGGGUCCAGUAAGAAAGGCAAAUCGCAGUCUCCGGUUCCCCCAGAGGAAGAGAGCCCGCAGUUUGUGGCCGAGAAUCCUCUACAGCCAUCCUGGAACCACGUCAUCACCUUGUCGAGGGGCGGAGCGCCCCAAGGAUUCCGGAUUGUUGCUGUUAACACCCGGUUACGGAGUAUUAUGCAGGACCACAGCGGUAGGGAAGACUUCAGCUUGGAGGUGCCGCCGUAUGAUGUGCCAGACUUUCCGUUCUAUGGAGCGGAUGGUGAGUUGGAUGUGACGGGGCGGUGUAUUGUGCAUCUUGCUCCGGAGCAGGAGAGGGCUCAUGGUCCUGGGAGUUUAUGCAUGUAUCUGUACGAGCUUAGCGUCGCUCUGAUGAAACGAGAAGAAACAUUCCUAGCGUCCCCGGAGUGGAUGAGUAUUCCCUGGGAGCAACACGAAAAGACCAGAUUAGACAGGUUAUUCGACAUCAUCUCCCACAUUCCUCCUAUCCUCGCACGAACCGAAAUGGCCCUAUCCCAGCCCGUGACCCAGGUCCGGCAGCACCGCGUCCAAGAGCUCCUAGCCAACUGUCUGCAUAUUGAACACCAACUCGACGAGUGGUACAACACCGCCAGCAUGGUCAACAACGUCCCAAGCCUGUGGGAGGAGCAGGACAUGGAAAUGCAGAUCCCCUUCCUCAGCAGGUUCACCUUCAUCGACGACAUUUCUUCCAUCAUGUUCAUUUACUACUGGAUGGCCCUCCUGCGUUUCCACCGCUGCAUAGAGUCCCUGCGCGUGUCGCUUUAUCACCUCAGUUACCAGAAUAUGUACGGCCAAGGCAUACCGCCGCCCAACCUCGCCCUCGACGAGUACAAGUACCAGCAGGGUCGCGAGCUAGCGGGCAAGAUCUGCCGAUCUCUCGACUUUGCGUUGCGGGGGACUCUGCAACCUGAUCUGCUCGUCGCUCCUUGGACUGUUGCCCGGGAAUACUAUCGGGAGAUGAGUGAUACGACCGGGGACGGCAUGUUGGAGUUGUUUUGGUGCGAUAGCUUUAGAGAGAAACUUGUGGAGAAGGGCCAGUAUCUUUCACAGCUUGUUCAGGGGAAGAAAUGGACUGAAGUGGACGGGCCUUGA